AUGGGCUGGUUGGCCCAGUGGAUCGCCAUAGGCCAAAUGGCCGUCCUGGGGGCGGCGGCAUCUUCCCAUGUGGUGAUGGACCCUUAUAUCGCAACCCAUUGGAAUGCGUGUCCCGUCCCUUGUGAGACCGCCGAUUCCAGUCAUUGGGAUUACUAUCGUGGGUUGCGCAUCCUCAGGUCAUGCAACGAGUCAAUGCUCCUGAAUAUCGCCGUGAACACCCCCCUUAGAGAUUCUGAUAUGGGCCUGGAGUUGUAUGCUUGCACCUUAUCCAGCACCGAGGGGUUUGAGAUGUCUAAGUCUCAAGUGCCGGAUUCCUCCAACGUUGUGCAGUAUUCUGCCAAAGAUGUGGAGAUGGAGAUUAUGUGGCGAGGUGAGCAAGCCAGCCAAUACUUUCCUCAUGCUGAGGCGGCUGCCCGGCUGGUGCAAGCUCAAUUUGAUCACCCUGCCUCUCAAGAUGCAAGGAUUGCCUUUGGGUACUCAAAUGGCGUGGUUCUAGGAUCAUACAUUGGGUCGAUGGUAGGUAAAGAUCCGGACAAGAGCAUACUGGCGUCUUUCUUAGAGACAUUGCGUCAGGGGGGUCUCAACACGUCUGGUUCCCUGAUGCAGGUGUGCAAAAGCAACCGCCCGGCGACCCAUAACCUUGGUGUGAUUUUGGAGGCAAGCACGAACCCGGAAGAAGCCUUAGCCACCGUGCAAGAAGCACUUGCAACCUGGAACCGUGGUGGCUGUGUGGAAGGAUAUGGUAACAGUCGCAAGGGGCACAUUUCCGUGGCCGAAGUGGCCAUUCCACGCAAUCGCCAGAGUUCCUAUCGUACCUCCCAUGCGCGGGCACAUGCCAAGAAGGCCUUCUCGGGGGUCCAUGCCCGUGGAGAGUGCAGAACAAUACAGGUUAACCGGGGGGACGACUGUGGUGAUCUAGCCAAACGCUGCGGAAUUUCGCCCGCCGACUUCACCAAGCACAAUCCGAGUAGAACGUUGUGCUCAUCUUUGGCCGGCGGUCAGCAUGUAUGCUGCUCGUCCGGAUCCCUUCCAGACUACUCUCCUAAGCCUAACGCUGAUGGAACGUGUGCAACGUACACCAUCCAGAACAACGAUGACUGCGCUACUAUCGCUGCUACCCAUAGUAUCACGGCAGAUGACAUCGAUGAUUGGAACGCGAAGACAUGGGGCUGGCGCGGUUGUCGCAACCUCCCGCCCAACGGUACAAUAUGCAUCAGUCGGGGUGACCCGCCCAUGCCUGUAGCGAUGCGAAAUGCUGUCUGUGGGCCGCAAAAGCCCGGGACUAAGAGACCGGAGAACUGGGAUGACAUUGCGGAAUUGAACCCUUGUCCACUCAAUGCCUGCUGUGAUGUUUGGGGUCAAUGUGGUAUCACUCCCAAUUUUUGCACGGCAACAGAGUCGACCACGGGCGCGCCGGGGACGGCCAAAAAUGGCACGAACGGAUGCAUCUCCAAUUGUGGUAUCCAUCUCAAACUAAACUCUGACGCCCCUACCGAGCCGGCUGUCAUGGCAUAUUACGAAGCAUUUAACAAUCAGAGGCCGUGUCUACAGCUUUCGGUAGAAGCUAUCGAAGAAGUGACCAAGACGGGUGGCGAGGAUGGCGACCUGGAAAUUGAUUCGGCGUGGAGCCACAUCCAUUUCGCGUUUGCCAACAUCAUGGAGGACUUCAAGGUCGACAUGACGGGCGUCGAAGACGAGUUCGAGGCCUUCAAACGGUUGAAGACGCCUUCGGGUUACAAAGGAGUCAUCAAGCAAAAGGUUCUUUCAUUCGGCGGGUGGUCCUUUUCAACUGGCCGCGACUCAUACGCCAUAUUUCGCAAGGGGGUUACCGACGUCCAGCGUUCACUCUUUGCCACCAACGUUGUGAAAUUUGCCAAGGAAAAUGAUUUGGAUGGCUUGGACUUUGACUGGGAAUAUCCUGGCGCGCCGGACAUUCCUGGAAUUCCCCCCGGUGAUCCGGGGGACGGCGAGCGCUAUCUGGACUUUCUGAAGGAGGUUCGGGACCAACUCCCAUCCGACAAGACACUCUCCGUUGCCAUUCCCUCCUCAUACUGGUACCUCAAGGGAUUUCCCAUCAAGGAAAUCUCGGAUGUUGUGAGCUACAUGGUGUUCAUGACAUACGACCUUCACGGUCAGUGGGACUGGAAUAAUAGUCAUGCCGCGGACGGUUGCAAUGGCGGCGCCUGCCUGCGAUCUCACGUCAAUGCUACCGAGAUUGCGCUCGCCUUCUCCAUGAUCACCAAGGCCGGCGUACCAAACAACAAGAUUUUCGGUGGGGUGGCCAGCUAUGGUCGGUCAUUUGAAAUGGAAGACCCGUCCUGUCAUGGUCCGGAGUGCAAGUUUACCGGCCCAGAGUCCGGAGCCAUCGCGGGGGAAUGCACCAGGACUCCGGGCUACAUUGCGGAAGCCGAGAUUUAUAGGUGGCUCGAGAAUGGGGGCGAAGACAUCACCACCUACUACGAUGACGCGAGCGCCGCGAUGAUCGCUUACUCGGCCAACGGGACCUGGGUGUCCUAUAACAACAAGACCCAUCGAUCGACCCGGCUUCUGGAUUGGUGGUACGAGGGGCAUUUUGCUGGGACGGCCCUCUGGGCGCUGGAUCUGACCGAAUUUGUCUCCCAGUACCCGGAUGGUACACGUAUCGAACCGACGUACCCGAUCAACUGCACGCGCUCAUUUGACGAUCUCGAUGAUUUGGCCUCCGCUACCGGCAUUGAGGAUGAGUGCAUGAACAUCUACAUUCUGCAGGCCCUGUCUGGAAACCUCACAGCAUCCCUAGGCAAGUAUAAGGACCAGCUAGACCACGAUUACGACCAGAAAUUUGGCUGGUACGAGGACGCUAUUCGAGGAUCAGCACCCCAAUCGCUGGAAUCGUUUGUUAACACCAACGCUUCGUCGUACUUUGACUGCUCUGUGACCAAGUGGGGCCGGAAUCAUACCGACUGGGGCUGCUUCUCCAACAGCGACAGCGAGAACGAGGUAUACUGGACCCCCCGCAACACGAGCCAAUUCGAAGCCGACCUCUUCGCUGCCUCGGGGAUUUCGGCCGAUUGGCUGGCAUACGGCCACCACAAGGAAAGGCUCGAUAGCGCCAAAAGUGGGGUCAGCUGGACUGCCAAUUAUUACGGCGCUCCCUAUCUAAAGGACGAAUUCCAAAUCAGUAAUCCUAAGGACAUGAUCGCCAAGAGGCUAUCAGCCAUUGCCGACUUUCACGAGAACCUGGACUUUACGGCCUUCCUUGCCAACGAGUCUAUGUACAUGGGCGACGUGAGCGACGCCGUGGAUGGCGCGUCGUUGGUGGUGUUCAUGAUCUCCUCUUCCGUCACCAGUAUGUCCCAAGUGGCGCACGUAGGGGAGGAUUACGAGGAUGAGAAGAUCAAGACCCUCAUCGUUUUGUUCGUCUCGGCCAUUCUCUUCGUCAUCCCCGGUCUCCAGGAGGGAGCCGAGGCCUUGGAACUGGUGAUGAUCGCCAACAUGCUGAGAAUGGUCGGCACAGUCGGGGAUGUGGCCAUGAGUGCGUACGACGUGAUUCAGGCCAAGGACAAUGCCCCAGCGGCGGUCUUUGCUGCUCUGCUGGGCGGCCUCGGUGCAUUGAACAUGGUAAAAGCGCCGGAGAACUUUGGCACGGCCGCCAGAGCAAGAAGAGGGAUGGGUGCCGAGCAUGUGGAAUCGUUGGGAACGGAGGUGAAGGGAGGGCUGGGCCAGGUUGAGCAGUUGGUCAAGCGGUGCAUUUAG